CCCGAGUCAACCCCCCGCCAGAUAGAAGAAAGAAGAAAAAAGGAAAAACAUCUAGUCCUCUUCUAGCGCUUCACGUCGGAGCAGAUCAUCGGGGGGACUUUGGGGCCCUGGACAUUCUUCACCGAUACAUCGAUAUGUCCACCUAUCGCCGGUCCUUUGUUUCUACAGUGCUUUAUUUGUACCUGUUUGCCGAACUCGAUGCCCUUAGGACCUGUCCUGACCGAUGCAUCUGCGUCGGAACCACAGUACGCUGCAUGUUUCUCAAGUUGCAGACUCUGCCAAGAGUUCCAGAAGACACCACUGUUCUCGACCUGAGGUACAACAACAUCCGGGAGGUUCCAGCACGAAGCUUCGAAGACCUCGAACAACUGGAAACACUGCUCUUGAACAACAACCAGAUUCGCCAUAUCGAAGGACAUGGUUUUGAGGGACUACGGAAUCUCAGACAUUUGUACAUAUUCAAGAACAGGAUCAAGUACUUGGACGAGAACAGUUUCGCGGGACUCCAAAGCCUCGAACAGCUGUAUCUGCACGACAACCUGCUCCAAGAGAUCGGAGAGCCGCCGUUUCUGGGUCUGCUGUCGUUGGAGCGGCUGUUUCUCAACGACAACAGAAUUCGAACUGUGCACAAGGGCGCCUUGCAGAACCUCAGACAACUUCGGCGCUUGCGCCUGGACAACAACCCUCUCACCUGCGACUGCAGCCUGAUGUGGUUUACCCAGAUGCUCCAAGAGAAGCAGACCAUUACGCAGGCUACAGGACACUGCAGCCUUCCGGCGUCUCUCGCUGGGAAACCGCUGACGUCGCUCGUCGAAAGUGACUUCGCCUGCGAACGGCCCAGCCUGACGGAAGAGCCCUAUGACGUGGAAGCUGCUUUUGGUGUCAAGAUAAACUUCAGCUGCAAGGCCGAGGGCGAGCCACGACCAAGCAUUACAUGGCAACACGAUGGCGACGAAGUGUCGACAGACCAGGACAAUCGGGUGGAGAUCCUGGACGACGGUACCUUGGUCAUCCACUCCUCGAGGAUUGAAGACAUUGGCACGUACAAGUGCAGAGCCGAAAACGCUGCGGGUCACGUGGUGUCCCGAACAGCCUAUCUGCGCUUCACGAGCCCUACACUCUCCGCCGUCGACGACAGACAAGCCCAGAAGCCCCGCAUCGUCACGAAGCCGUCCGACGUGUCGGUCACGGCAGGCCGCAGCGUCACGAUGCGAUGCCAGGCCGCGGGCAGGCCGACUCCACAGGUGACGUGGACGCGCGACGGGCUUCCGCUGUUCCAGAACCCCCGGUACCACGUGUCCCGGACGGCCGGCACGCUCAUCAUCACGGCCACGGACCUGAGCGACUCCGGCAAAUACAUGUGCACGGCCAGCUCGCUCCUGGGCGAGGAGAGCGCAGCCGCUGUGCUGCGAGUCGAACUCGCACCAUACUUUAUUGAGUCCCCGAGAGAGCAAGACGUCCUAGAAGGAGACAACGUUGAGUUCAUCUGCCACGCCGGAGGUUUUCCAGCGCCACAACUUUCAUGGUAUAAAGACGGUCAGCGCCUGAAAGCUGAUGGAGUGCAUGUAAAGAACCUGCACGGCGGUAAAGUCAUCAAGUUAUACAAUGUGCGACGGCAGGAACAAGGUGUCUACACGUGCCACGCCCAGAACUCCCUUGGUUAUGCUGAAUCUCACGCGGACCUUCUAGUCAGCUCUAAAGCCAUGCCACACCUGAUGACGGCUCCUUCGAACACGGAAGCCGACCAGGGCUCCACCGUGGAGGUGUUCUGCGUCGCUGAGGGUCACCCAACGCCCACAGUGUCCUGGCGCAGGGAGGGCAAGGCCAUCGGAGACACACCGCGCCGCAAGAUCACCCGAGACGGGAGCCUCGUGGUCAUCGGACUCCGUCCCGAGGACGAGGGCCAGUACGAGUGCGUCGUCGAAAACGAGAUGGGUCAACUGGUUACUCCGUUCUACAUCCUCGUCAGAGACACGAUUGCCGAGGGACAACCGCAUCCUGGUGAUCGGUACUUCUUGUCCGCGCUUCAAGAGGCUGAAGAAUCCGUGGACAAGGCCAUCAACAGCACGCUCCAAAACUUGCUGAACAGCAGCAGCUCCGGUCACAACCACCACCAGCUCCUGCGGAUCUUCCGCUACCCGGACUCGGAGGCCCAGCGCACUGCAAGAGCGGCCGAGAUCUUCGAGAGAGCCCUCGGUCUCAUCCAGGAACAAGUGUCUUCCGGAGCCAAAUUUAACCUUUCUCAGUUCGCUUUCCGGAACCUCCUGUCUCCGUCGUAUCUGGACUUGCUGGCGGAGAAGUCGGGAUGCCUCCAGCACCGCCGGAUCCCGGACUGCACGGACGACUGUUUCCACAGCCGCUAUCGCACCUACGACGGCACUUGCAACAACAAGGAACAUCCGAUGUGGGGCGCAUCGCUGACCCCUUUCCAGAGGCUGCUCCCUGCCCAGUACGAGAACGGUUUCAAUACUCCAAUCGGUUGGACAGCAAAUCUGCCCGUGAACGGUCAUGUGCUUCCGCUGGCCCGUACGGUAUCCACGGGGUUGAUAUCUACUCAAGUCGUCGAGGAAGACAGCGAGCACUCGCAUAUGCUGAUGCAGUGGGGUCAAUUCCUGGACCACGAUAUGGACUUCUCUGUUCCAGCGAUCAGCCACGAACGCUUCAUCGACACGGUGGACUGCUCCGAAUCGUGCGAAAAUGCCAUGCCGUGCUUUCCUAUUGAGGUCCCGGCGGACGACCGGCGAGUCCGCGGCCACCGCUGCAUCGAGUUCGUGCGCUCGAGCACCGCCUGCGGCUCCGGUCGCACGUCCAUGUUCUACGGCGGCCUGAUGCCACGGGAGCAGACCAACCAGCUGACGUCGUUCAUCGACGCUUCCAACGUGUACGGCAGCAGGCCCAAACAGGCGGUCCAUCUGCGAAACCUGACCAGCGACCUGGGACUGCUUAGGGUCGGUCCUCGUAUGCCCUCCGGGAAGUUCCUCCUGCCCUUCAACGACGGACAACCGAAUGACUGCAAGCGGAAUUCCGAGAUAACUGAUGUGGACUGCUUCCUCGCCGGCGAUGUGAGGGCCAACGAACAGCUUGGUCUUUUGUCCAUGCACACCCUAUGGUUCCGCGAGCACAACCGACUCGCCGAGCUCCUUCACGAUGUCAACCCUCACUGGGAUGGGGAACGGCUCUACCAGGAAACUCGCAAGAUAGUUGGAGCCCAGAUGCAGCACAUCACGUACUCCCACUGGCUCCCCAAGAUCCUGGGACCCGUGGGGAUGGCUGCCAUGGGACCGUACCGGGGCUACGACUCCGAGACAAAUCCGUCCAUCGUGAACGUGUUCGCGACGGCCGCGCUGAGGUUCGGGCACUUCCUUAUCAACCCCGUUCUCCUGAGGCUCGACGAGAGGUUCCAGCCCGUGCCCGAGGGCCCCGUGCCGCUGAGAAGGGCGUUCUUCGCUCCGCAUCUCCUGCUGAGAGAAGGGGGAAUCGAUCCCCUCAUGAGGGGCCUCUUUGUGGCCUCUGCCAAGCUCCGGAAGGCGGACCAGCUGCUCAACUCUGAGCUCACAGAUCAUCUGUUUGAGCCUGCUCUCAUCGUGGCCCAAGAUCUGGCGUCGUUCAACAUCCAGCGCGGUCGCGAUCACGGACUCCCCGGUUACAAUCGUUGGCGCCAGUUCUGCAACCUGACAAGGGCGAGGAACUUCCACGACCUCAGGCACGAGAUCACAAGCGACGACCUCAGAGAGAAACUGGAACGACUCUACAAGACUCCCGAUAACAUAGAUACCUGGGUAGGCGCCAUCUGCGAAGAGCCAGUGCCGGGUUCCAAGGUGGGACCUACGCUGCUCUGCCUGCUGAGCGGACAGUUCGCCAGGGUGAGAGACGGUGACAGGUUAUGGUAUGAGAACAAAGGAUCGUUCACAAAGGACCAACUCAACGAGCUUCGGCGUGUUUCCCUCGCCCGAGUUCUGUGCGACAACGGCGACAACAUAACCAGGGUGACGGAGGACGUGUUUAUGGUGCCGCGGCGGCAGAACCCAGCCUUCGUAAACUGCGACGCCGUUCCUUCGAUCGACUUGACGCCCUGGAAGGACGACCAGAAAGAAGACGGAGGCGGCUGCCCGGCUGGGAAAACUGCGAGUUUCCGCAACGGUCGUGUUCCUCCACGUCUGAAUUCGCCGUUGCCGGUGACCACGUGAAAGAAGCCAGUUGCCACCCAGUAAGACGACCAAGGAUCCAAGACGCCGAAAGUUAUUUCUCCGAACUAUCAAGAAAUUUGUCUCGAAAGCGACCGCGUCUGUCCAUUGAAUCGGUAUGCAACACGCUUGCGCGGCAACACGUUUCUUGAAGGGGUUCUCCACGUGUUGCAUUUGACAUUAGCGCCGCCAUUCUGUUCUCACGCCGAAAGUAUAAGGGGAUGUGUGCCUUGCCCGAGUGUUGUUGCUGCUUUUGUUGAGGUGGAUUGUAUAACGUUUUUCUUAAUGUUGUUGUUGUUUUUGUUUUUGUUUUUGGAGAUCGUUUUCGUUGUUGUUUUCAUUAAUAUUGAAAAUAUAUGUUUCAAUUUUAACCAGUUUCCGUUAGAACUGCCAUUAAUAUCGCGUGCUUUGCGCGUGGUAAUAUGCAUUAGUUGGUUGUUUAUCAUACUUACAUUUUUGCCGUAUACUUUCUAGCGUUCAGUUAAUUUGUACAAACUUUACCAAGCAUUUGUAUUAAAUUUUGAUGCGGGCAAAAAACCCAUACGCGUAAACCCCUUGUAUUUUGUUUUCUUUCGUUAGUUGAAUUUAAUUUUUACGGGCAUUUUGUAACUCCGAUUUUGCGUUUUUGUUUGUUUUGGCAGUAUUUAGCACCGUGACGGUGCUAAAUACUGCCAAAGCUCAUAUUUUUCUCUGUUAUUCUUUAUCAUUUUCGCUGUCUUAUAUAUUUGUUGUUGUCUUUCAAACUCUGCUCAGAUUUUUCUUGUUGGCAUACCAGUUAUAGUUAUUGCCUAAGAAUAGGGCAAACUCUCAAGUAUAGUCUUCGCAUAUUCAUUUUUAUUGGCGUCACGUUUUCAAGCGACGUUGAGAUGCACACCAAAUCUCUCUCUCUUUUCUAAAUGUUUUGUUCACGCACUCGACGAAACGUGGAGAAAGGAGCAAAAACGCGUCAGUUUGGAAGAACUGAUGCGUUAUUGUUGAGAUUUAACUUUAACAUAUAAGAAUGCCGAAAAAACGAAUCAUGGAGUAAAAAGCGUAAAAAAUAUUCACGUCCUGCGCCUCUUCAGCUGCCAUUGGAUAGUGUCGUGUUGUUUUGAAAAAAUCAGACUUGUUUGUCGAUGAAAAAUAAAUUAAGUGCGCACACAAUGCCUCACAAUAUUGCACGUGCUUCUGAGGGUGUAUCGCUAUCGCAGUUAUAAAACAUGCUUCAGCUCUGAAAGAUAUUCCGUUCUUCAAAGUCUACCGAAACCUUUCUUUAUACCUUGAGGUGUUUCUGAGUGUAUACCUCACGACUACGCGCAAGGAAGGCAUUAUUUCAGCAAGAACUGGGGAAUUGUUAAGAAUGCCAAAAAAACAAAUCAUGGAGCAAAAAGUUUGAAGGAAUCCACGUCCUGCACCUUUGAAUGCAUACUGUCGUGUUGUUUCAAGAGUUGUAUUCACUGCCAAGUUUCUUUAUCGAAAAUAAUAAAAAAAAAAAAGUGCGCGCACACUGCCUCAGAAUAUUGCACGUGCUUCUGAGUGUAUUACUGUUGCAGUCAUACGCUUCCGCUCUGGAAACUUUUCAGUAGUCAGACUGUAUAAAAAAGCCCUCAAGGUGUUUCUGGAUGUACACUUUACCGAGAUUCACACGGA